CUUCUCCUUCUCCUUCUUCUCCUUCUCCUUCUUCUCCUUCUCCUUCUUCUCCUUCUCCUUCUUCUCCUUCUCCUUCUUCUCUCUCUUUCUCUCUUUCUCUCUCUCUCUUUCUUUGUCCCUGCUUCUUCAGCUCCACCUCCCAUCCCCCAUCCCCCACCCCCAUCCUCAUUUCGACAAUGGCUGUCAAGGAACUGCCUGUCCUGACCAACUACGAUAUCUCGCCCGUCACAGGCUUCCUGCCGACGGACGAGCCACUCCAGCUGCUGUCGGACCCUUACUUCCAGCCCUGGGAGGACACCUUCAACUCCUUCAACGGCCUCCUCCUCGCUUCCAGACUCCGCCAGCGAGUCCAAGAGCUUCCUGUGCUCGACGCUUCCCGCCUCAAGACCAAGGCUGAACAACGAAGAGGCUACCUAAUCCUAUGCAUGCUCUCGCAUGCCUACGUCUGGGGCAAGCAUGAGGUCGCAGCCGAGUCCCUGCCUGCUUCCUUGGCUGUUCCCUGGCAAAAAGUGGCCGAUAUGUUGGAGAUGCAGCCCGUGCUGACCCAUGCAGCCGUUGUUCUGUGGAACUGGAGAUUGUUGUACAAGGACGGUCCAAGGGAUCUCAGUAAUCUCGAUACCCUAGCGACACUGUCGGGCUCGAGCGAUGAAUCAUGGUUCUACCUCGUGACAACAGCGAUCGAAGCAACCGGUGCCCCCGUGCUCAGCAAGAUCUUGAGCGCGAUGCAGCUCGUCCGGGACGCGGAUCAAACUGGACUUAUUCAAGAACUGGAGGCCAUUCGCGGGAUCAUCAUGGAUCUUGUCGCAGUUCUCCGUAGAAUGUUUGAGAGAUGUGACCCCUAUGUCUUUUAUUGGAAGGUCCGCCCUUAUUUGGCUGGAUGGGAGAACAUGACCGAGGCUGGGUUGCCCAACGGUGUGCGAUACGAGGGCGUCGACAACGGACAGUACAAGCGAUUGGCAGGCGGCAGUGCUGCCCAGAGCUCACUGAUCCAUGUGUUGGACAUUGCAUUUGGCGUAGAACAUCAUCCAACGGGAUUCAGACCCAACAAGUCCCACGGCGCCCAUACCAACGCUGCGCAUGUGAACGGCCAUACAUCGAACUCAUACAACGACGCAGCACCCAAGGCUCAGGGACUGGCACCUUCGACCACAGAGGCAGCCGCGACUGCGCCGGCGCCAGCACUUGGAUCGGGAUCGACCAACUUUAUCCAAAAGAUGCGCUUCUACAUGCCUGGACCUCACCGCAACUUCUUGACCCACUUGACCGACGUCGCGAAUAUUCGUCCGUAUGUUCUCAGUCAAGCAGCAGCAUUUGAGAAGGGCAGCCGUCCUGCCGAAGUCGAGGAAUUGAUUACGGUCUAUGACGAGUGUGUCCAUCAGAUCAAGGUCUUCCGGGAUGUCCAUAUUCAGAUGGUGACUCUGUACAUCGUUAUGCAAGCCAACCGUGGGCCCUCGAUCUCGCACGGCGGGUUUGUUUCACCAUCCCAUGCGCACGCACCAAAGAAGGCAGAGGCAAACGGCACAGCAGAGAAGACUGCCCCGGUUGCCAAUGGAGCUGACGAAACGAGCGCAAGUCUCGCGUCCGCAAAGAAGGGUUCAAGCAUCUUGUACCCACAGAAGGUUAUCUUUGGAGCACCCUACGGUCUUGCAAAGAAGCAGGAGGAAGGUGUCGUCCGUGGCACAGGCGGCACGGAUCUGAUCCCGUUCUUGCGCCAAUCGCGUGAUGAAACAAACGAUUCGAAAAUCGUGCCGACAUCCUCGAUCGGCACACGCAAAUCCUCAUUUGCGGCCUAAAAAAAACUAAAUCACCCCACAUCAUACCAUUUUUUCCUUUCCCCUUCUCUUUCUUCGCCCUUUUUUCCUUUUACUCAUCGCCCAUCGCUCAUUUCAUAUUCAUUGUAUAGACAUAUUGCAGAACUUAUCUUUAUUGAAAACAAUACCAUUCUCAUCACAAGAAGAAACCCCCCCCCUCCGUAUCAGAGUCAUGGUGUCCAAAAAGAGGAUGCGGAUUUGAUAGUUUUUUUUUUUUUUUUUUUUUUUUUUUUUUUUU